GACUCGAAGACCAAAGACGUGUUGAAGCAAGAAGAUACCUCGAGCCAAGAUAGGGCUUCCUCUCCUUCGCGUCAAGACACUCAGCAGAACAUACCUGCCAUUAGACAGCCGGAAGACAGUAAAGCAUCUGGUGACGGCACAAAAGAAUCCAACGCGUCCUCGACCAAUGCGCCGCUUGCACCUCCACCCGUCCCGAAUAAGGCCUCUAACGGAGACAACGACUAUUUCACCGGAGCUCACAGCGCCGCCCACCUAACCAAGGAACCCAACCCUUUCGAAAGUGCCUUUGGAGGUUCCACCGAGACACCCGGCAAGCCUCAACUUCCAGGAGUCAACAGUUUGACGUCGCCUGCUCCUCUGCUUCCCGGCACCACCCCAGCUUGGCCUGGCUCUCUUCGCUCAGGACCUCUCAGCCCUGCAAUGCUAACCGGCCCCGCGGGGUCGUCCAACGACUACUUUAGCAACGACCAUCACUUUGGCGGCAGCUUCCCUACCCCUAACGAGUCAUCUCUCAGGACUGGUCUGACUCCUGGCGGUGGUGGGUCUAUGUUCCCCCAGCCUAGUCCCAACUCGCAAGCCAUUUUCAACGCCAUCCAGAGUGGAGGCGCCACUCCCGGUACUCUCGAUUUCCACCGAACUGCUAUGCACGCGCGCGCUUCACAGACAAACGUCAACGGAAACUUUGCCAUGCCUCAGCCACCUACUUCCGCCGCUGCCGAUCCCAACAUCCAGCCCAACCUCGACAGCAAGGGCUUCGGCCAACAGCAGCAGAACGAUACCUUUGAGCAACACGAUGCUAACGACGCAGCCAAUGGCCUUUUCAUGCUUGCUCAGGCUAGGGGCAACAACCGCAACCAGCCUCAGCAAUACCCACCACCUCAAUCACAGCCUCAGAUGAACUACAUGGGCAACCCUCCACACCUUCCUGGUGGACUGGGCCAGCAAGGGCAUGACGGCUCCAACAACAUGUCAGCUCGCGCCAAUAAGAACUCUAUUGCCAGUAACCUUUCAGGGUCAACGCAAAACGAGCACGGCAACUUCUCCGAUAGCGAAGGCGAAGAUGUCAAGCCCUCCCGAGGCAAGGGAAAGAAAAACAACAACACCAAGAACUCGAACAAUGGCAGACGCAAGGCCGAGGAUCAACCAAAGGGUUCCAACAAGCAGAUCGUGGGACUCAAGACUCUGCUCCUCGCCCACAAGGAUUGUCCUGUCUCGCAGGCACAGGGCAUCAGUGGCAUGGCUAUGCAGAACAUUGCCGGCGAGCCUCAUCAGUUUGCCAAUCCCUAUGGCAUGCAAAUGUCUCAGCAUAUGCAGCAGGGAGUGCCAUCGCAGGCCAAUAUGCAGAGACGA